AUGAAUUGGCGCUCAGAACGUAUAUGGAUAGAACUUAUAACGGGAUCUCGAAAAAUAAGUAGUGGUUAUGAUCUUUUCGAUAAAAAAGAAGGAAUAGUAUGUAUUUUUCGUUGGGGAUUCCCUGGAAAAAAUCGUCGCAUCCUUUUCCGAUAUCUUAUAAAGAAUAUCCAAUCUAUUAGAAUAGAACUUAAAGAGGGUAUUUCUACUCGUCGUGUUCUUUAUCUGGAAAUUAGAGGCCAGGGAGCCAUUCCUUUGACGCGUACUGAUGAAAAUAUGACUCCACGAGAAAUUGAACAAAAAGCUGCUGAAUUGGCCUCUUUUUUGCGUGUACCAAUUGAAGUAUUUUGA